UUUGACAAAGUAGGCUAACAACUAAUACUAGCACUAGCGAAAGAAAAAAAUAAGGUAGAUAUGGAUAAUCCGAAAAGAAGAGCAUUAAAUUUUAAUCACGACGAGGUGGAAGCCUUGGUAACUUUGGUAGAGGAGUCGAAGGACAUUUUAUUCGGCAAGUUCAGUGCCACACUUACGAAAGAAAUGAAAGACAAAGAGUGGCAAAGAAUUGCCAACACCGUCACGGCCGUGGCGGGCAUAUAUAGAGAUGUAGACUCGGUGAAAAAGAAAAUCACCACGCUCACCAGCCAGAUAAAAAUGAAGGCGGCGAUGGCCAAUAAAGAGCAACGCAAGACAGGAGGGGGAACGUCGUCUGCUCCUGUGCUGACACCAGCGGAGACGAGGGUGCUCGGCCUCGUAAAACCGGUCAGCUAUGAAGGCGUACACGGAGGCAGUGAGGUGGGGUUGCCGGAUCCAAAUGUGGACUUGGAAACCAUUGAGCUGGAUUUUGGCAACACUGAAGUGGUCCUUCAGCUGGAAGUCCAACCAUCACCAAAAAAAAAGAAACGGCAGCAAUCGGACACUCAAGCCUUAAUAGAGAUAGAGAGGGAGAAGUUGGAGCUGUACCGUCAGCAUUUAGAGUUACAGAAGGAACGACUGGCUCUGGAAAGAGAAAAAUUUGAAUGGGAGAGGAGAAAAUUCUCAAAAGAAAUUGAAAAUGAAAUUGAAAUGUAAAUAAUAAAUAAGUUCACAUGCAUUAAUUUUA